AUGGGGCUGGAGCUGGAGCCGCUGUUCCAGGCCUGGAGCUACUUCAGGCGGAGGAAGUUUCGGCAGUGCUCGGAUCUCUGCUCGCAGCUGCUGGAGAGGCCGCCCGGCGAGCAGGAGCCUGAUUCUGAAUACACCGUGUUUCAGGCUGCCUGGAGCCUGAAAACACGAGCUUUGACAGAAAUGGUGUAUGUGGAUGAAAUCGAUAUGGAUGAAGAAGGAAUCGCAGAGAUGGUGCUAGAUGAAAAUGCCAUUGCUCAAGUUGCACGACCAGGAACAUCUUUGAAACUCCCUGGAACUAGCCAAGGUGGAGGCCCCAGCCCAGCUGUUAGGCCAGUAACUCAGUCAGGAAGACCUAUCACAGGAUUUGUGAGACCCAGUACACAAAGUGGACGGCCAAGUACUAUGGAACAAGCUAUAAAAACACCUAGAACAGCUCUCACAGCUCGUCCAAUUACUAGUGCUUCUGGGAGAUAUGUCAGGCUGGGAACGGCUUCAAUGCUAACAAAUCCAGAUGGCCCUUUCAUAAACCUGUCUCGACUGAAUUUAGCAAAAUAUGCUCAAAAACCCAAACUGGCAAAGGCAUUGUUCGAAUAUAUUUUUCACCAUGAAAAUGACGUAAAAAAUGUGAAAUUGGAAGACCAGUUCCUGCAUAUUAGGGGGUUUUAUUAUUUUUAUUUGAAGAAUAGGAAUCAAAUCCAGAGGAAGGCUCUAGAUUUGGCAGCCCUUGCCACCGAGCACGCACAAUUCAAGGACUGGUGGUGGAAAGUCCAAAUUGGGAAGUGCUACUAUAGGUUAGGAUUAUAUCGUGAAGCCGAAAAACAAUUUAAGUCAGCUCUCAAGCAACAGGACAUGGUUGAUACAAUCUUGUAUUUGGCAAAGGUGUAUUUGCGCUUGGAUCAGCCUGUAACAGCUUUGAAUGUGUUCAAGCAAGGGUUAGAUCGAUUUCCUGGAGAAGUGACUCUUAUUUGUGGAAUUGCCAGAAUCUAUGAGGAAAUGAACAAUAUCUCCUCAGCUGCAGAGUACUAUAAAGAUGUCUUAAAACAAGACAACACUCAUGUGGAAGCCAUUGCAUGCAUUGGCAGUAACCAUUUUUAUUCAGACCAGCCCGAGAUAGCUCUGCGAUUUUAUAGACGGCUCCUGCAGAUGGGUGUUUAUAACUGCCAACUUUUUAACAAUCUUGGCCUCUGUUGCUUCUAUGCUCAGCAAUAUGAUAUGACACUAUCUUCGUUUGAACGUGCACUGUUUUUGGCUGAAAAUCAGGAGGAGACAGCAGAUGUGUGGUACAACUUGGGACACGUGGCUGUGGGGAUAGGAGACCUGAAUCUGGCUUAUCAGUGUUUCAGGCUAACAUUAGUCAACAAUAACGACUACGCGGAAGCUUACAACAACUUGGCUGUGCUGGAAAUGCGAAAAGGUCACGUUGAACAGGCAAGAGCUUUGCUGCAGACUGCUUCAUCUUUAGCACCUCAUAUGUAUGAGCCCCAUUUCAAUUUUGCAAUACUUUCAGAGAAGGUUGGAGAUCUUCAGAGGAGUUACACAGCUGCUCAGAAGUCAGAAGAAGCAUUUCCAGGCCAUGUUGAUACACAACAGCUCAUCAAACAGUUAAAACAGCAUUUUGCUAUGCUCUGACGAUGUUUUUAUUAUGUAAGAACAGUUAGCCAGAGCGAACGUCCGAUACA